AUGCCGCCCCUUUUUCCGGUCAUCGGCGGUGGCCGGCUUGAACCCGGCGACCCACUUUACACAUCGCCGACAGAUGGCCCCAAACUACGCCUGAUCAGCAACCAACUUACCGGACCGGAAACUUACUCGUCGUGGGCUCGUGAUCUUCGGCGGGCUCUGGUGACGAAGGACAAGGACGGCUUCCUCGACGGAGCCGUCCCGUUCCCGAUCGACGAACGCCUCCAGCGUCUCUGGCGAAAGUGCAACCAGUUGGUUCGCACCUGGAUCGGCAACACGCUCGCUCCCGACGUUGCCGCCGGACUGCCACCCACCGAAGACUCCAAGCAGAUCUGGGACAGCAUCAAGGAGAUGUACGGCCGGCUCGACCGAGCAUGGCUCUUCAGCAUCACGCAAAGCCUGACGGAAUUGAAGCAAGGGAACCUCUCAGUUACCGCUUGCUUCAACCGUCUCUCCUCUCUGUGGAACAAGUUGGAGUCGGCCGAGGAGCGUCUCCAGGGACCCGAGGCCACACUAAGGCAAAGACAGACAUGCAGAAAGGGAAAAUAG